AUGACAGAGACGAGCAUUGUCAAGGGCGUGACAAGUCCGGGACUGCCCCAGGGUGUUGUGUGGAGGUUUCGUGACGCGGCCCCGGUGUUUUUAUGGCGGAGGCCGGGCAUGGGAGGGAGCAAGGAGGCAGACCCCAGCAUGCUCAUAUAUCAGGCCAUCCGGGAAAUAUUGUCACCUCGCCCGUCUCCGUCCAUGGCGAUACCUCCUCCGUUGGAGGUGUACCCACGUCCUCUACUUUCUACACACCGGGAUCGACAGCCCUGUCCAAUUACGUCGGGCCCGACGAUCGCUUUCUCCGAGCUGAAGAGGAUGGCCGGGUUCGCGGAGGGCCGGGGCGUGGGGAAGGCGGGAAGGAGGGAGGGAGGGAGGGGAGGCACAGGAGGAAGGAAGGAAGAAGAGGGGACGGCGUAG